GCAACGGGGAGGCGUUCGGGGACCUGGAAUAUGGCGGCCGCAGUUGUGGCUGCGCUGAGAGGCUGGGGGCUGAGGGGUGUCCCUGGGCCCACGGUGCUCCUCCAGGGAACAUUUUCCUGCAGAGUCCGGCUCCGGCACAGCCCCAGCUCACUGCAGACCAAGCCUGAGCCAAGGCCCUGGCCCCCUGGCCUCGAGUACAUCCCCAAGAAGAAGGCCAAGAACCCCAUGAAGGCCGUGGGGCUGGCAUGGGCCAUCGGCUUUCCUUGUGGGAUCCUCCUCUUCCUCCUCACUAAGCGAGAAGUGGACAAAAACCGUUUGAAGCAGAUGAAGGCCCUGCAGAACAUGCGGACCGCUAACAGUGGGGAGUACAACCUGUAUGCACGAACCUGGCUGGGUUACCUCUUGUACAAAAAGCAGCUUCAGAGGGCACGGCAUCGAUUUCCAGAAGGUCACUCGGCUGUCCAGCCUCGAGUCUUCAAUGGAGUGAAGGUGCUGCCCAUUCCGGUCCUUCUUGACAACUAUAGCUACCUCAUCAUCGACACCCAGUCCAAGCUAGCUGUAGCUGUUGACCCUUCAGACCCAAGGGCUGUACAGGCCGCCAUCGAAAAGGAAGGGGUCACCUUGGUUGCCAUUCUCUGUACCCACAAACACUGGGACCACAGUGGGGGCAAUAGGGAAUUGAGGCGACAUCACAGAGGAUGCCGAGUCUACGGAAACCCCCAGGAUGGCAUUGCUCACCUCACUCAUCCCCUCUGCCAUCAGGAUAUGGUGAGCGUGGGGAGGCUUCAGUUCCAGGCUCUGGCCACCCCAGGUCAUACUCGGGGCCACAUGGUCUACGUGCUGGAUGGAGAACCCUACAAAGGCCCUUCCUGCCUUUUUUCAGGGGACCUUCUCUUCCUUUCUGGCUGUGGCAGAAUAUUUGAAGGCUCACCUCCCACUAUGUUGAACUCACUGGACCUUAUCAUGGGCCUGGGAGAUGACACCUUGCUUUGGCCAGGUCAUGAGUAUUCGGAGGAGAACCUGAGUUUUGCUGGCCUGGUAGAGCCAGAAAAUAUGGCGCGAGAGAAGAAAAUGCAGUGGGUUCAGCAACAGCGUCUUCAGUACAGGAGCACGUGCCCAUCGACCCUCGGAGAGGAAAAGACAUACAACCCAUUCCUGAGGACUCACUGCCUUGCUCUGCAGGAAGCCCUGGGACCACUGCCUGGUGCUGGAGGCGAUUCUGGCCCCUCCAGAGCCCGAAUACUUGAAGAACUUCGGAGACGCAAGGAUCAGCAUAAGGGCAAAUGAUAUCCCUAUUGGUUGGAGUCCCUUUUCAUUCUCCGCUCCCUUCCUCCCCUCUCAUUAGCACAUGUGCCCUCCCCAGUAUCGCCUCUCUUCCCCUCACUCUGACAGGGGAGGGAGCAGAGAAGGACAUCCAGUUCAUGGUAGACUUCCAAAGGAGGGGGUGGAUGAAAAGCAAGAUCUCAAGGGAAAGGGGGUUGGCCACUCAUGAUGGCAGGGGAGAAGAGAGACAGGAAAUAAAAGUUUCCCCCUCCCAUCCUCCCUUGGUCCAGGGCUAUCCUUGAAGGUAGGUCAGGAGUCUAUGAGGAAAUUGGCCAGUUUAGGCUUUUUAGGUCAGUCUGUUUAUCUUGAGCCACCUCCGCUACCCCAUCCCCUGACUUCCACCACUGGAAGCCUCCAUCAUUGGCUAUUCGGGGCUGCUGCUUCUCCCUGGAGACCUCAAGCAGGUUCAGUACCAGAGACAGCAGGAAGACCAGGGUCAGGUGAGAGGAGGGCCACUGGAAUUUAGAUCUAAUCCUUCCCUUCACUCCCCCUUUCAGGGAGUUUGAAAUAAAGUCCUUAAAGGCGACCAGUCCAGUGUUGAGCUUCUUUUGGGAAAGGUAGUGGGAUACUGAGUCUGUCCAGCUUUAGUUCUAGAACAACCCCUUCCCUUCAAAAACAAAAUCUCCUUGUCCCCUGGUUUCCCUAGUGCCUAUACCUCCUGGAGGGCUCAUAUUUGCUGUUAGCCCCAAGGACUGAAGUUAAGAUAGAAAGGCCAGGGAGUCAUCCCAUUUCCUUCCCUCUAGAAGCCCUCCUCUUACCUUGACUAUACUUCAAUAUUUCAUAUCCCAUACCAACUUUCUAAAAGAAAACAGUGUUUUAAAAAAGAACACUUUGCUUGAUUACAAACCUAAGACCCUAGAGAGGCAAUGAAGUUCUUAAAAAUAGAGACUUGUCUAUACUCUUGUACGUAUCACCCAUUUCAGCAGCGAGACCCCUCAGAGGUCAUGCCAACCAACCGCUUUGUCUCCAGCCAGGCUGGUGGCCUUUCCUUCAGAGAGACCCCAGAGUUUCCUAUUAUAUUGACUCCCGAUUCCUUCCAAUCCAAGGCAAAUCUUCUUUUUUUUUUUCUCAUCCACAUCAUUCCUUCUCUACUUUCAAUCUCAUUCCUUCUAUCUUCAGUGGAGAUGGAAAAUAUCUGAAAUAUGAAAUAACCCUUCAUGCUCAAAAUCAGUUAUUGGACCCCCUUUGGCCAUGACUUUUCAUUUCUUUUAGGUGGGGGGGAUUAGAUCUAUGAUUUCAUUGGUAUAAUGAACAUGCAUGAUCUUAAAGCAGAUCAACCAAUACCUUCAGUUAUUAUAGUCUUAAGAGAGUUGGCUGGGACAGCCAUGUAUUAGAGGCAAAACUUGAACUUCGAGCUUCUUGCUUGGAGUCCUGUUCUCCAGUUGUUUCUCUUUUCUUUAUAAAUAUUGACUAGUUAGAGGGUUGUUUUGGUUUUGUUUUGUUUUUUUUUUGAGAGAAAAUGAUCAACUCCCCCUUGCUCAACUAGGUUUAUAAUAGUGUCAGUUAGAGACUUGAAAUGAUAAUAACGAUGAUGUGAGUGGAGUGAAAACAGCAUGGUAUAUUUCCAUUUUUCUGAGCUGUCUCGUUUUUAAGGUUUAGAUUAUUAGCCCAGCCACUUUUAACCAAAUCUCCAGAGUAACAUAUCAUUAUUGUUUUAAGCCUUUGGUUCACAGGGCAGGUAGGUGGUUCAAUGGAUAGAGGGCAAGCUUUGGAGUUGGGAAGA